AUGGACGUCGACCCCUCAGCCGGGCCGCCUUUCCAAGCGGUGGAUGUGCAGCCUGUCCUGCAGCCGCUUUCCUUGGACACCCCCAAGGAGUCUGACACCGCAGCGCCUUGUCCGGCGCCCACUCAGCAGCCGUCGACGCCGCGUCAGGAGACGCUGCCUCUCUUCGUGGGUCCCGACGCCUCGUCGCGUCCAGUACCAGAAGCUGCGCUCGUGGUCACAGAUUUGGUCCGCGGCGGGUUCCAGCCGCGCCUUCCGACUUCGCUGCCGCCCCCAGGGCAGCAGCAGCAGCCGUCGCCGCUACCACGCCGACAGCCCGUCCCGUUGAUGCCUCCCGCGCAGCUUCAUCCGGGAGCGCCCCAGGUGGUCGCUCCGGCGCCUGCGGUCCCUCUUCAGUCGCCACCGCCUUCGGAGCUGAUGGACGUCGACCCCUCAGCCGGGCCGCCUUCCCAAGCGGUGGCUGUGCAGCCUGUCCUGCAGCCGCUUUCCUUGGACACCCCCAAGGAGUCUGACACCGCAGCGCCUUGUCCGGCGCCCACUCAGCAGCCGUCGACGCCGCGUCAGGAGACGCUGCCUCUCUUCGUGGGUCCCGACGCCUCGUCGCGUCCAGUACCAGAAGCUGCGCCCGUGGUCACAGGCGGCCAGGGUGACAGCCGGUGCGGGGAGGUGGCGCGGUGGCCGACCGCCAACGCGCCACCUCCUCGCACCGGCUGUUGCCCUGGCCCUGACAGCAGCAGCAGGUGGCGGGCGCGUGGCGCCGCCGCACCUAGCCGCCUCGUGCUGCUGUCAGGGCCAGGGCAACAGCCGGUGCGAGGAGGUGGCGCGUUGGCGGUCGGCCACCGCGCCACCUCCCCGCACCGGCUGUCACCCUGGCCCUGA